AUGUUGUUUGGUACGAAAAUGGAGAGCUGUCCUGAGCGGACUGAGACACCGCAGGAUCCGAGAAGCUGUGUUCAACCAUUUUGGAUUGUACAUCGUGGUAAAAGUCUGCGGACACACCUGCUAGCUUGGCACCAAGUGAGGCAACGGAGACACCACAGACGAGCGGAGCAAUGACUCGACUACCUGCCUACCAUUCGGCAUACUCAGCUUCAGCAGGCCUCUUUCCAGAAACUCGUAGAAAUGCCAUCGCAGGUGGUGGUGAUGAGAUGGUGGAUAGCUGAGGUUGGGGCUGGGGAGGAGUAAGCCAGGAGGAGGCUUAGCGGAGGGGAUCCUGAGGAAGUGAACCGGCUGGCAGGCUUGGCAGAUGGGUGAGUCCCGUUCGACAGUCCACAUGAGCGUCUCCAAACCCCCACCGCCCCCCUCUACCUCUCACCUGGCCAUUCCCCCUUCCUCCACCUCCACCCCUUCCUCAUCCGCCUCCUCCCCCUCGGCGACGCCCCACUCCACCGCUCUGCCCCCUCCCUCGCCCGUCAAGAUCUCUAUGCAGGAGCACUUCGCCAUCAACGUGUGCCCGGGCCCCAUCCUCCCCAUCCCACAGAUCUCAGACUUUUUCCCCCGUUUCCACGACUACCCCUGCACGCCGCCACCUCCGAGGGAGAAGAAGAUCCUGAAAGAGGAGACUUUCAACGGGGAGACGGGUGGGGUAUACAAGGACGGGGAGAGGAGGGGGGACAACGAUGGAGACAGGGAGGAGGUGUUUGACUCUGAUGAUGAUGACACCUACCUGGGAACGUUGGAGUUCAGCCUGCUCUUUGAUCAGGAGAACAACUGUCUUCAUUGUACUAUUCACAAGGCAAAGGGACUGAAAGCCAUGGACUCCAAUGGGCUGGCUGAUCCAUACGUCAAGCUUCAUCUUCUCCCCGGGGCUAGCAAGGCAAACAAGCUACGCACAAAAACCCUGAAGAAUACGCUGAACCCAGUGUGGAACGAAACGCUGGUGUACCACGGCAUCACAGCAGCUGACAUGACCACCAAAACGCUCAGGCUGUGUGUAUGUGACAUGGACAGGCUCGGACGAAAUGAAUUCAUCGGAGAGGUGAGAGUGGCUCUGAAGAAACUGAGAGAGGGCGAGAACAAACGCUACAAUAUGGGACUGGAAAGAAUUGCACAGAAUAAAGAAACCAACAAUCAAACGGUGGAGCAGGGAGCGCUUGUGGCAGAGGAGGAGCGUGGCCGCAUCCUGGUGUCUCUGUGCUAUAACACAGAGAAGAGCUGCCUGAUGGUUGGCAUCAUACGCUGUGCCCAUCUGGCCGCCAUGGACUCCAACGGCUAUUCUGACCCCUUUGUUAAAAUCAUCUUGCAACCAGAUAUGGGGAAAAAGUCCAAGUACAAGACUUCAGUGAAGAAAAAGACUCUCAACCCUGAAUUCAAUGAGGAGUUUUCAUAUGAUGUAUCCCUGGACCAGCUGGCAAAGAAAACCCUGGAGAUCUCUGUGUGGGACUACGACUUGGGAAUGAGCAACGACUUCAUAGGUGGAGUGGAGCUGGGGAUCAAUGCAAGCGGUCAGAGACUCAGACACUGGUUCGAAUGUCUCAAAAACAAAGGGAAGAAAGUGGAAUACUGGCAUACGCUCACACAGCAAGGAGCCCCGAGCAGUGACAAACCGGACUAGAUCACACAAGACAUUCAUGCAUACAUACACACACACACGCACACACUCACACAAACAUUUGUUUCACUGGGCGGUGGUUGGAAACAGAGACCAAGUCAUGCAGUAGUAAGAGCAAAGGAUAAAACAUGCAAUAAUAAUAAUGUUGAAGAUGAAAUCCGUCAUAUAUUGCCAACAAUUACAGCACCGAGUAUUAGUAUAUGAUAUUCAUACUAAUAUUAGUGAUGGUAAUAAGGUGUAAUCUGAAUACAUUUUUUUAAAGGUGAACCAAAUUGUGACAAUGUCCUCAUUAAAGUGUUGACGUAACAAAACAAUACCCACGAAAUUGUGCUUUAGACCUUACUGUAUUGUGGAAGUUGCUCAUAUUCUGUCAUUGAAAUCUACACCUGAUGAAGAGAUUUGAGACUAAUGUACUCAAAAAUUCAUUCAUUGAAAGGGGCCAACACUAUGUGCACCCUAGUGACUCAUAAUGUGGUAUUUAGUUACAGGAGCAGGAAUGUUCGGAGAAGUCUCUAUUUUAGUGGUUGUUGAUCUGAUGCAAAACAACACACCGUAUUAUAAAGCACAAAACGAUCCAUUCGGUGGAUUUGUACCUUUACUGUUUCAGUGUUCUUGUUCUAAUGUCUUUUCAUUGACUUUUGGUGACAGUGGCUCUCUAUACACCUUGACAUCGGACAUUAACGUGUCGGCAUACGUGUGUGCGUGAGGGCUAUGAGAAUAUGAGUGCCUACAUCCACUGUCUGUGCACUGUGUGUCUAUCUGUAUUCACAUCAUGCCCCAUUCAAAAUGUCUCCGUCCAACUUCAGAAGCACAGAGGUGUGAAGAAAUAGUAACAAAGGACAAGAAAAGACAUACAGGAGAGAAAUCCUCCUCCACCACCACCACCACCACCACCACCACCACAGACCUCAGUGGUGUGAGUGUUCCUGGCUGGAGGACACUGACAAGCCGUCAAUCGUGUGUGCCAGACCUUUACCAUCUCUCUCUCUCUCCCUUUGCCAGACAGUCAUUGAACAACUUGAAGAAUGGAAUAUGUCUUGAUACGUAACCUUUGACUGCUCUUUUUUGAUGAGUUGUGUCCAUGGCAGGCAGUACGGCUAUUGCUUUUGGAGGUACCAUUUGUAUCUUCGCUUCACUCCAGCAUUGUGAACCAGAUUUCAACAGGAUCUAAGCGAGUUUACCUCAGUGAUUCCAAUUCUGCUCCAGCAGAGUCACAGAUGAUGUAACAUUUUCUUCUUUCAGGGCAAUCUCAUACCAGUAAUGUAUUAAUUUGAAAUUUCAGGCAUUUGAUUGUUCCUGUUAUCUUAUCUAUCCCCCUAAUCCACCUUUACACACCCUCGGAGCCUCUCCCUCUGUGAGAAAAAAAAAAUGGCUGUAAUCUACAUCAUCCAUCAGGGGGAGUUAUUUCUGCGAUCAUUCAUCCCAUUAUUUCUGACCUAUUAGAUAUUAGGUCUAUAGUGGCAUAUAUUUAAUAAUUUGGGCAUGAGACAGGACUGGAGGGACUACUGUGCCCAUGUCUGUGAAACAUAUGAUUGCCUGCUGAGAUUAACUGUGUGCAGUUAGUAGAAAUGCAGGCAUAGAGAACGGAGCCCCCCUAUGAUAUAACCUCAGGAGAUAAAAUGAGAUUACACCCCGUAUGGAAACACAUUUGGCAGUAGGGGGACAGUGGAUAAUCACAGACCAGGAUCCAAGAUACUGAGAAGCUAUGCUAGAUUGCACACUUAUUAAUUUACAUGUGUGUUACGUGCCUUGAUGCACAGAUCUGCAUAUUGAUGGUGUGUAUGGGCUAGCUUGUUGCUGAGCUGCCCUAAAUACCUGCCAGGAUAUCAAAUGUAUUCCCUCGGUUCAUCUCGCAGCACUCCUGCUCUGGCCAUACACCGGUUCACAAAAGCAUACCCACAGUCAGUCAGUGGCCUCCGGGAGUUUUCUAACUGUUGAAUCGAUCCGGCUGCUCAUAUUCUUGGUGUCCUUCGACAACCUUGUGAAUGUCUCAUCGUUGACUGCAAAAAAUGGAUCCUUCAGUGGUGAAUUAGGUUUAGAAUAAUAAAAGGGCUUGGGCAUUAUAAAAGCUUGGGACUAAACCAUGUAUUGUAACAGUAAGCUUAAAAACAUUUUCAGUUAGACCUUAAAUGACUUUAACAAGAGGGGUUGGGCAAGAAUGAUGGGUUUAUUCUGUACUUUCUCUAUGCACAUCAAAACUCCCAGCACGUCAGCAGUGAGAUAAUCAAACCAAAACAACAUGAUCAUGUUAUCCAAGCAUCAAAGAUGCAUUUCUGGGAACACUUUGUUUGGGGAUCAGCUGGGUGGAAGUGCCCUAAGAGUUCACGUUUCUGACUGGAUCUGUUGGUUUUGUUUACAGUCACCAAGUUUUCUGACUCGUGUCUAUUGACCCCGCUUAGCUUAUGUAAUCAUUUUUAUCUGCAAUACGGCUGCAUGUUUAGCAAUCAUCAUCAGCUUGUAUAAUAGAGUGCAACUUUAGCUGAUUGUUCUGGAUGCUGAUGUGUUUACAGUCUAUGCCAUCCAUUCAGUCUCUUGCCAUCAGUGUGUAUUUGUUUGUGAAUACGAUGAUUCAGGGUAUUUUUUUGCUCAGUUGCUGUGCUUUACCAAACGAGCUAUUACUUUAAAAAAAAAACAAAAAAAACAACUUUACUGUCACAGAUUUUGACACUUGUCUUCCUUAAAUUGAUAUCAGUGGUGAUGAUGCAGGAGGGCUGAGAUGGGAGCGAGAUGGGAAUUCACUACUGCAGUCCCUGUGUAUUCACUGUCAAUGUCAAUCACACAGUAUGGCUGCCAUCCUGUGGUGGGUUUGUGUAACUACUUCGCAAAAAUAAAUUGAAGCUGUUUCAGUG